UUUUCUAUAUAUAUAGACAGACGAAUCGAAGUGGCAAAGCGAAAGAGAACUGAAAAUAUAUAGUUGAUUGGUUGCCGGGCUGGUCAGUAUCUAGAAGAAGAAAUGGCGGGGCUCUCGGUGUGCAGAAUGAGUCGGCCGGCGGGGUUGGUGGUGGGGGCCUUGUGGCUGUUUGUCUUGGUGGCGAGUGCUCCGCUGUUGUUUGCGGAGGCGAGAGUUCGGCGCUACAAGUGGGAGGUGAAGUACGAGUACAAGUCUCCUGAUUGCUACAAGAAACUGGUGAUCACCAUCAACGGGAAGACGCCGGGGCCGACCAUCUUGGCUCAGCAGAACGACACCGUCGUCGUCGAGGUCAAGAACGGCCUGUUAACCGAGAAUCUCGCGAUCCACUGGCAUGGAAUCCGACAGAUUGGGACACCUUGGUUUGAUGGCAUGGAAGGGGUGACUCAGUGUCCUAUUUUGCCGGGAGACACCUUCAUUUACAAAUUUGUAGUGGAUAGGCCUGGAACAUAUCUGUACCAUGCACAUUACGGCAUGCAAAGGGAAGCUGGCCUCUAUGGAUCCAUCCGGGUGUCACUUCCUGACGGCUUCUCAGAGCCCUUUUCGUAUGACUACGACAGAAGUAUCAUCCUCAAUGACUGGUACCACAAGAGCACAUUUGAGCAAGUCACUGGCCUCUCUUCCAUACCCUUCGGCUGGGUCGGGGAGCCUCAGUCAUUGCUGAUACAAGGGAAAGGAAGAUUUAAUUGCUCAUCUCCUGGAAUGGAGGCCAGUACCUGUAAUGUCACAAACCCUGAAUGCUCUCCCUAUGCUAUCACAGUAAUUCCAGGCAAAACGUAUCGACUCAGGAUUGGAAGCUUGACUACUUUAUCGGCCCUCAGCUUCGAAAUAGAGGGUCAUAACAUGACAGUGGUUGAAGCAGAUGGGCGAUAUGUUGAGCCAUUUGUGGUGCAAAAUCUAUUCAUAUAUUCAGGGGAGACUUACUCUGUGCUAAUAAAGGCUGAUCAAGACCCUAAAAGAAACUACUGGGCUAGCACAAAAGUGGUUAGCAGGAACAACACAACUCCAAAUGGUUUAGCCAUUCUCAAUUACUAUCCCAACCAUCCCAGGAGAUCUCCCUCAACCUCUCCACCACCCGGCCCUGCUUGGGAUGAUGUCCCGCCGAGGCUGGCACAGAGUCGCGCGAUCAAGGCCCGACAAGGCCACAUUUCCCCCCCUCCCCGGGCCUCGGACAGAAUCAUUGUCAUGCUGAACACACAAAAUCUGAUCAAUGGCUACACCCACUGGUCUGUCAACAAUGUGUCCUUUCACCUGCCCAGUACCCCCUACCUAAUUGCGCUUAAGCAGAAUUUAACCGAUGCUUUCGACCAAACCCCUCCCCCGAAUGGCUAUGAUUUCCUCAACUAUGACAUUUACAAUCCCCCCAAGAACUCGAAUGCCACUGCCAGCAACGCCAUCUACAGGCUGCAGUUUAACUCAACUGUGGACAUAGUACUCCAAAAUGCCAACUCUAUGACCAAAAACAAUAGCGAGACACAUCCUUGGCAUCUCCACGGACACGAUUUCUGGGUGAUGGGAUAUGGAGAAGGCAAGUUCGACAUGUACAAGGAUCCAUUGAAGUACAAUUUGGUUAAUCCAAUCAUGAAAAACACUGUGCCUGUGCAUCAUUAUGGCUGGACAGCCCUGCGAUUUCGAGCCGACAAUCCGGGCGUCUGGGCAUUCCAUUGCCACAUAGAGUCCCACUUCUAUAUGGGGAUGGGGGUGGUGUUUGAAGAAGGGAUAGAGAGGGUGGGUGAACUGCCAGAAUCUAUUAUGGGUUGUGGUGAAAGCAAACGGCCCCCAUAACCUGAAAAUACUUAAAAAUCCAUUAUUUAGUAUGCAGAGUUAAAUUUAAAUUUCAAGUCACAAUUAUAAGAGUAGUCAAAUCUAAAUUUUUAGGUGUUAGAAUAAUAUUUAAAAAUUAAGAUUUGACUACUCUUAUAAUUGUGACUUGAAAUUCAAAUUUAACUGCAAGACUAAAUUUUGAAUUUUGAGUGUGUCAUCCCAAAAAGAUACCUAGUUUACCUAAAUUUUUUUCAAACUGUACAUCGUUUUUUAGCUAGUGAAUAUCCUAUUCUCUGUAUGAAAAACAUAUUUAUUUCUUGUGGAAUUAAGUAAAGAACUGUUCUUGCAAUAGCUGUUUGAUAAAUUUUAACUUGCAUCAGUCCAGUC